AUGUCGGGCAAAACGAUAACCCCAGGCCGGGAAAUGGCCCAGUUCUCCGAGAAUAUUAUUAUGGGCGCGCCAUUCGAAACAACCGACCGAUAUACUGAUUUGACCCCAGUGGGAAUGGGCGUCUCGGGGCUAGUCUGGUAUGAUCCCCAAAAUUAUCACCGGGGUUCUGCUAAAGAUCAGAUUGGUCAACAAACAGUUGCCGUGAAAAAGCUCAGCGAGCCUUUCAAGACGGACAAUAUCGCCAAACACAUGUACCGCGAAGUCAAGCUGUUAAAGCAACUGCAGCACGAGAAUAUCAUUCACUUAAAAGAUAUCUUUAUUUCACCAUCUGAAGAUAUCUACCUUGUCACGGAUCUCAUGGCAACAGAUCUCAACACACUUUUGAAAACAAAGAAAGUGGACGAGCAAUUCACCCAAUACUUUAUAUAUCAAUUGAUGCGUGGUCUGAAAUAUGUGCACUCCGCGGGCGUGGUCCACCGCGAUCUUAAACCAAGCAAUAUUCUCAUCAACGAAAAUUGCGAUCUAAAAAUAUGCGACUUUGGCCUAGCCCGCGUCCAAGAGAUUCAAAUGACCGGCUAUGUCUCGACAAGGUAUUACCGCGCGCCAGAAAUAAUGCUCACGUGGAGGAGGUAUAAUGAAAAAGUCGACAUCUGGAGCGCAGGCUGCAUCUUCGCCGAAAUGAUCUUGGGCAGCCCUAUAUUCCCGGGCAAAAAUCAUAUCAAUCAGUUCAUGGUCAUCACACAGAUGUUGGGCAGUCCUCCCGAGGCCGUCAUUAACAAUAUUACCAGUGAAAAUACUUUGACUUUCCUCCGAUCCUUACCGGACAAACCUCGCCAGUCAUUAUCAAAGGUCUUACCCAAGGCCGAUACAGCGACAAUCGCACUCCUGGACAAAAUGCUCCAACUCGACCCAGACGAAAGAAUCUCUGCAGCAGACUGUCUCAAGUCUGAAUAUCUGGAGCCAUACCACGACCCAGAUGACGAGCCCUCCGCAACAGAAAAAUGCGACUGGGCCUUCCUGGAAGCUGAUCUGCCCGCCGACAUGUGGAAGACUGUCAUGUAUGCGGAAGUCUUGCGAUAUCAUGAGAAAGGAAGUGGAUCUAGCUCGAUGACGACUAGGCUCAUGCCACAACUACCGGUUGAUGGAAAACUACAAUUACCCGAUCAACUUCAAGGGGGUGGCAUGGAUUGGACUGUCGGCACUUGA